CCUCUGGAGAUCUGGACGCUGCCGCUUCUGAAGCAUCUUGUCUCCUUUUUGAUCUUCUACCAAAUCCAGAAGAAGCAGCUUCUGCUCUAAAAGAGCUGGCGACGCUGAUUGUGGUGAAGAAGCUGAUAUGUACAGAAGAGAUGAUGAAGAUGAUUUCCAAUGUGAAGAAGCUGGGAAUCACUUAUUUUGGAGAUAGAUACAAAGAAGACUAUCAGCUCCAGAAUCUUGUUCUUCUGCAGAAUCUUGAGAAGCUGACAUUAAUUGUGAACAAAGAGUCUCCUCUUGAUCAGCAGAAAGCUAAGCCUGUUUUCCCAAAGACGUUGAGAAAGUUAACCUUGAGCGGCUGGCGAUUCCCCUGGAGAUAUAUGAAAGCUGUUGCCUCUCUGCCCCAUCUUCAAGUGCUCAAAUUGAAAGAUCAUGCCUGCGAAGGCGACAAGUGGGACAUUGAUGAAAAGAUCGACGGCGAAGAGAGUGAUGAAGAGAGUGAUGGAGAGGCAGAUGUGUUUCCUGAACUCGAAUAUUUGCUAAUUGAAGAAUCUGAUUUAAAGGUGUGCGUGAUGAAAAAAGGCAACUUCCCAAAACUGAAGCGCCUAGUGUUCAAUGAUUGUGAUAAGCUGAGUAAGAUUCCAGAUGACGUUGGAAAUAUAGCAACACUUGGGCUGAUUGAGGUUGAUCGUGACAACACUUCUCUUGUGGCUUGUGUCCAAGGGAUCCGCGAGAAACAGAAAAAGGAAUAUGACAGGACACUAAAGAUUCGUGAAUUAUAAGGGCUGUUAAGGAAGUAUUGGGAUAAUUAAGCUUGAUUUGAUGAUCCAGAUUUGAAAUCAAGUGUUCUGGAGAAGCAUCACCCUUUGUGUUUUAUUUACUAAACUUUGAUUUACUUAUCUGUUUUUGAAAACCCUGUUUAUUCAGUAUCUUAUUUAUGUAUUUCUUGAUUCGGAUGCGUAUUUUAGUAGACAAAAAGCUUGUUCUACAAACUCUGAAAAGUUCCAUUGUAAUCUGCAGACAUGCGUUGGAUUAAUUAAGUUACAUGGAGCACAACUUUGUUAUUA